AUGCGUCUGCAGCGAGAGGACUUUGAGAUUCUGAAGGUCAUCGGCCGCGGGGCUUUUGGGGAGACAGCCUGUUUCCGAGAGGAGAGGGACAUACUGGUGAAAGGUGACAACCAGUGGAUCACAACACUACAUUACGCUUUCCAGGAUGAGCAGUACCUGUACCUGGUCAUGGAUUAUUAUGUGGGAGGUGAUCUACUCACCCUGCUCAGCAAGUUCGAAGACCGGCUUCCCGAAGACAUGGCCCGAUUCUACAUCGCGGAGAUGGUGCUGGCUAUUCACUCAAUCCAUCAACUCAACUAUGUUCACAGAGAUAUCAAACCAGACAAUGUUUUAAUCGAUAUGAAUGGACACAUCAGGUUGGCAGACUUUGGCUCCUGUCUUCAACUUGGUCCGGAUGGAACAGUGGAAACCUCAGUUGCCGUGGGGACCCCGGAUUACAUCUCCCCGGAGAUCCUGCAAGCGAUGGAGGACGGGAAGGGCAAAUACGGGCCAGAGUGUGACUGGUGGUCCCUGGGGGUCUGCAUGUACGAGUUGCUGUUUGGAGAGACCCCUUUCUACGCAGAGUCGCUGGUGGAGACCUACGGGAAGAUCAUGAACCACAAGGAUAAGUUGACAUUCCCGCCGGACAUCAGCGACGUGUCGGAGGCGGCCCAGGACCUGAUCGCCAAGCUGGUGUGUGGCAAGGACAGGCGGCUGGGUCAGGCGGGCAUCAGAGACCUGCAGGGCCACCCCUUCUUCGCUGGCAUCGACUGGCAGCAUAUCCGCGAGUGCCCACCGCCCUACAUCCCUGAGGUCACCAGCCCCACCGAUACAUCUAACUUCGACGUGGACGACGAUGUGCUGAAGUUGGCGGACUCAACUGUUCCUUCCAGCCGGAGUGCGUUCUCUGGACUCCACCUGCCCUUCGUUGGGUUCACAUACACUUCCAACUGCUCACUGUCUGACCGCGGCUGUCUGAGAGACCCAUGGGGCAGCACUUCACUUGACAACCGGGAGGCCGAGGCAUUUGAGAUACAGAUAAAGCAGCUGGAGGUGGACAAGAGGGAGCUGAAUCACAGACUCCAAGAAUCUCUGCAGAAAGCCGCAGUCGGUCACAGCAGCUCAGGGUCGGCCAAGAAAGAAAUGGAAAUCAAAAGUCUGAAAGAAGAAAUGCAGAUCCUGAAAACGAGACUGGCAGAGAACCAGCUGGAUAAUGAUGAGCAGGUCAAGAGGAAGAGUGAGUCGGAGAAUCGUCAGCUCCGAGCCCUGGAGAAGCAGCUGAAGACCCUGAAACAGGAGAAGGAGGAAAUCUAUAAGGAUCUGGCUGAGGCCCAGGAGCAGCUGUGUGUUCGGAGCCGGGAGUUGCGCGAGGCUCAGGUCAAGCGCCAGCGUGCGGAGGAGGAGGUGCAGCAAGGCGAGGAGCGUUACUCCCAGCUCCGCCUGCAGAAGCAGAAGUUGUCCCGGGACCUGCGCGACCGGGAGGAGGAGAUGGAGGUGGUAAUGGAGAAGGUGGAGAGUUUGCGGCAACAGCUGAGCAGGGCAGACCGGUGCAGGCUGGAGCUGGAGGUGAAGCUGGAGGAGCAGGCGCUGGAGGUGGCCGAGCAGAGCCAACUGCGGGAGCGCAGCGAGCAGAAGAGGAGGCAACUGGAGGAGGAGUUGGAGAGGCUGAAGCUGGCACAGACCGGAGCUGACCCCAGCAGCCGAGGCCCUGACCCCAGCCGGGAGUUGGCAGAGGUGGAAGGGAGGGCGCUGGCCCGUGAGGAGGAGCUGGCGCGGCAGCACAGCGCCCAGGCGGCGGAGCUGAAGGUGGCGCGGGAGCAGCUGGAGGAAUCGGACAGCCGGCAGCAGCGGCUGGAGAGGGAGCUGGUGGCCAGCAGAGAGCGCCUGGAGAAAGCACGCAGCGAGCGGCAGUCGGAACAGGAGGAACUUGUGAUGGAACUGCGGGCGGCCCACGAGCAGGAGAAGAACCAGCUGAGGGAAGAGAACCUGAGGCUGAAUGUGGAGCUGGAGCCGCUCAUGGAGAAGCUGGACAAGCUACAGGCCAGAAACAAGCGGCUGGAGGAGGAGCUCCAGGCACUGGAAGGCAGGAAGGAGACCGUGAAGCAGUGGGACACCCAGAUCGCCGAGAUUAUUCAAUGGGUGAGCGAAGAGAAGGAAGCUCGGGGUUACUUGCAGUCGCUGGCCACCAAGAUGGCGGAGGAACUGGACUCGCUGAAGAGCAUCAGCAGUAACGCCAAGCCUGUGGACACACACUGGAAGGUCAGGCGCCUACAGAAACUGGAAGCCUCAGCCAAACUGGAGUUACAGUCAGCACUGGAUGCUGAAAUCCGGGCCAAGCAAUCACUACAGGAACAGCUCAACGAAGCCAAGCUCACCAAUCUGGCUACAGAAUGCAAGUUCCAGGAACUGGAGAAACAGAAUGAGUCUCUGAAGCAGGAGGUUGAGAAGCUCAAGGAGGAGGCACAGGCUAAGGUGCAAAAAGGUUUACGUCAAGACUCUUUCUUCUCGUUCCUGUCGCCACUCUCGUUCGAGUCGCUGGAUUUCCCCGCCACCUCGCGGCUCUCUCCGGACAGCAGGAAGUCUCCGGGAAGCCCAGUGCCUCAGCCUGAGAGUCCGUCUUUCCGGAGCAGGGAGGUGCCGGAUUCGAACGUGAAGCCCGUGUCUCCUCGAAAGGUGUUGAAGAAGCCCACGUCUCCGCCGCCCGUCACCCCUCAGGCACCCAAGGUACGAAUUGCGGUUUUCGAGAAGAUUUGCAGCGCGGGUUGUGGGUCGGGUUGGGAGUUUGCUCGCUGA